AGCCUCAACCGGGCGUCGGUGGAGAACCUGCUGACGGAGAUUGAGAUCCUGAAGACCAUCCACCACCCGCACAUCGUGGAGCUCAAGGACUUCCAGGUGGGUUCUGACCACAUCUACCUGAUCAUGGAGUUCUGCGCCGGGGGGGACCUUUCCCGCUUCAUCCGGAUGCGCAGGAUCCUCCCUGAGAAGGUGGCACGCAUCUUCCUGCAGCAGCUUGCCUGUGCCCUGAAGUUCCUCCAUGACCGCAACAUCUCUCACUUGGACCUCAAACCGCAGAACAUCCUCCUGAGCUCCCUGGAGAACCCCCAGCUGAAGCUGGCAGAUUUUGGGUUUGCACAGCACAUGUCACCGUGGGAUGAGAAGCAUGUCCUGCGGGGCUCCCCGCUCUACAUGGCCCCCGAGAUGGUGUGCCGCCAGCAGUACGACGCCCGGGUGGACCUGUGGUCGGUGGGCGUCAUCCUUUACGAAGCGCUUUUCGGGAGGCCACCCUUUGCCUCCCGUUCCUUUGCCGAGCUGGAGGAGAAAAUCCGCAGCGACCGGGCUGUUGAGCUUCCCAGCCGGCCCCUGCUCUCCCCGGAAUGCCGGGAUCUCUUGGGACAGCUCUUGGAGAGGGACCCUGCGAAACGCAUCUCCUUUGAGCGCUUCUUUGCCCACCCUUUCGUGGAUAUGGAGCACGUCCCUGGCCCCGAGAGCCUCUGCAAGGCGACGGAGCUGGUGGUGGAGGCGGUGAAGAAGGAUCAGGAGGGGGACGCCUCCACUGCCCUCUCCCUCUACUGCAAAGCCUUGGAGUAUUUUGUGCCGGCUCUGCACUAUGAAAGCGAUGCUCGCCGGAAAGAAGCCAUCCGAGCCAAGGUGGGACAGUACAUCUCUCGAGCAGAGGAGCUGAAGGCGUUGGUCACCUCCAGCAACAAGAGCCUCCUGCAGCAAGGGAACCCAGCCAGAGAGCUCCUUAAAGAGAUGGCCAAGGACAAGCCUCGGCUCUGUGCUGCGCUGCAAAUGGCUUCUGCUGCUAUCGCUAAGGUGAGCAGGGGAUUCAGGGGACCCUCGAGUGGAAAGGCAAAGAACAAACUUAACGCCUUGUCCCUCCUCCCGGCAGCAGAGCCAGUGGGGAGGCGACGGGAGCUGCUCCACGCUGAGAUCCAGACCCUGAUGGCCCGAGCUGAGUACCUCAAAGAUCAGAUGAAG